UAAUGGGCAGAGAACAAAGUCAAGCAAUUUGAGGAGUUCCUUUUCAUCCUUUAGAGAUUGCUUUUCUGUGUUUAUGUUUUAAGUGCUCAAAAAAAUCAAUGGCAUCUAAGGACAAGAGAAGUUCAAAGGCUUCAAGCAGUAGAACUGGUGGUAUUCGUACUCUUUCUGAUCUCAAUCGUCUUUCGGCCGACUCCGACAGCGAUUCCGAUGGCCCUCAAGAGUAUUAUACCGGUGGAGAAAAGAGUGGAAUGAUUGUUCAAGAUCCGUCAAAGGAUAAUGAUGUGGAUGCAAUAUUUGACCAAGCUAGGCAGUUGGGAGCUGUAGAAGGGCCUGUUGUUCCGCCUUCAAGCUCAAGGAGCUUUACUGGUACAGGUAGAUUGCUCUCAGGGGAAACUGUACAAUCUACUCCUCAGCUUGUACACAACAUUGUCUUCUGGAGCAAUGGUUUCACUGUGAAUGAUGGCCCUUUGAGGAGUAUGGAUGAUCCUGAAAAUGCAAAUUUCCUGGAGAGUAUCAAGAAGUCUGAGUGUCCAAAAGAGCUAGAACCUGCAGAUAGGAAGUCCUCAAUUCAUGUCAAUCUGAUAAAGAUGAAUGAAAACUGCCCGGAGCCAGAGAAGCGACACAUUUCAUUUCAGGGCGUGGGAAGAACUCUAGGCAGUACCUCUGCUUCAGCUGAGACAACCAUUGCUUCUGCUGCUGUAACAGUCCCUCCAGCUGAAGUCAUUCUGGAUGAAACACUUCCCUCAACUUCAGUUCAGCUUAGAUUGGCUGAUGGAACCCGGACGAUUGGACGUUUUAACUACCACCAUACCAUUAAUGAUAUUCGUUCCUUCAUCGAUGGAUCUAGGCCUGGGGAUUCCAGAAAUUAUCAGUUGCAGGUGAUGGGGUUUCCUCCCAAGCUUCUUAGCGACCCAAAGCAAACAAUAGAGCAGGCGGGUCUUGCCAAUUCGGUUGUUAUUCAGAAAUUCUAGCCUGCGUCUUGUUACUCUGGCCUGGCCUAUGUGAAUUGAGAACCAUAUAGAAAGGACGUGAAGAUGUUAUUUCAACUGAAGGGAUGUGUUUGAUUUAUUUUAAUGAGAUACAUUUAACAAAAAAUGUAUUUCUUACAUAUAUAUAUAAAGACACAAGUUUUUUUUUUUCCCUAAAAAAGAUUAUUGUAAAGUGGUGUAGGAGGAUUUUGGUUUGUAAGUUUUUUUUUAAUUCUUUUUUAUAUAUUUUACUUGAAUAAAAGUCUGUUUAACCA